AUGGCAUUCAAUGACGCAAAUAAAACUUUUGUGGAGCCAGAGAUGGAAAGUGGAAAAUCUGCAGAUAAAGUCUUCAUAACGGGAAUAACAGGUUUUGGUAUUGCAGGAUGUAGUAAAACAAUGUUUGCCAAUCGAAUCUCGUACUGGCUGAAUGCCAAAGGGCCAUCUAUGGCUAUUGAUGAAGCUUGCUGCAGUUCUACUGGUGCACUCGAGCAGGCUUACCUCGCUAUUACUCGUGGAGAAUGUGAUGCUGCAAUUGUUGGAGGAGCCAACCUGUGCUUGCAUCCACAAUCCUCUGUCCACUAUGGGAGAAUCAUGAAACUAAGUAUGGAUGGUAAAACAAAAUCAUUUGAUAGUAAUCCCGCUGGAUGUUCUAAAUCGGAGUCAAUCAAUGUUCUUUUCUUGCAAAAAGCUAAAGAUGCACUAAGAGUUUAUGCAGAAGUUGCUUAUAUUAAAUGUGAGUUUACUCAACUAGAAGAAGAUGAAAGUGGUCCAAAAUACGGUUUCUACAGAAAUCCUAACAUUUCGGCUGAUUUUUUAAAAAAAUUCUAUCAAGAAGCUGACGUUUCACCAGAUGUAGUGGAAUAUGUUGAAGCGGUUGGUACAGCUGUUGCUGAAGCUGAUAAAUCAGAAUUACAAUCGAUUGAUGAAGUUUUUUGCAUAAAUAGAAGUGAUCCCCUAAAAGUAGGAAGUGUCAUGUCUAACAUUGGUUAUACAGAAGCUGCUUCAGGGAUAUGCGCUAUUACUAAAGUUCUCCUGGCUUAUCAUACUGGAAAGAUCGCAGCGAAUUUACAUUGUGAUUCACCGCGACAAGAUGUUGCGGCACUCCGUGAUGGUCGAAUGUGCAUUGUCACAGAUCAUAUGGACUUCAACCACUCAUACACAGCUGUAAACGGCCUGUCGGUCACAGGUGUCAACUCGCACAUCUUACUAAGAGGCCAUUAUAAGCAAAAGAUAGUUAAAAUGUGCCCUCCAGAAAUAGAAGUAGCAUGUCAUAACGGUCCUAACUCAAGUACUAUCUCAGGACCAGCGAUUGUAAUGAAAGAGUUUGUAGCCCAAUUAACUUCCAAAGGUAUUUUCGCUAAAGAGGUGCCAUGUUCAAAUAUUGCAUAUCACUCGCGCUAUAUUGCUGAAGCAGGUCCCGGCUUACUUAAAUAUUUAACUGAAGUCAUCAAAUCUCCAAAGCCUCGUAGUGAAAAAUGGGUGUCAACUUCGGUACCAAAAGAAAGAUGGGGAGAAGAAAUUGCUAAGUAUUCCUCAGCUGAGUAUCAUACAAAUAAUUUAUUGAAUUCGGUGCUCUUUGAGGAGACGUCCCGGAGUUUACCUUUGUAUGCAUCAGCACAUAGAAAAAUAGCUGCUGCUACAAAAUUUGUGAUAUCCACAUAUGAUGACGAUCACGCAUAUUUAAAAGGCCACGUCAUAAGAGAAAGGAACUUGUAUCCAUUUUCUGGAGCACUCGUAGGAGUUUGGGACACAUUGGCAAUGGUCUUAGGAGUAGAGAAGAAACAGUUGUCAGUCCAAUUUACUGAUAUACAUUUUUUUACACAACCAAUUCUUCAUAAACAGAGAAACUUGCGUUUAAAUAUAGCUUUACACAGAGGAAAUGGCCGUUUUGAAGUAUUAGAUGAAAGUACUAAAAUCGCAACAGGUUAUAUAACUGGGGAAAUAAAAAAAGACAGUCAAGACAAAGUUAAUAUAAAUUGUAAGGAAGAAAUGCAACUUAAAUCAGAUGAUAUUUAUAAACUCUUAUCUCUAAGGGAUUAUAAUUAUUCGGGUGUAUUUCGUAGUAUUUACAAUGCUAGUUUGUCAUUGUCUGAAGCUAAUAUAAAAUGGGAAGACAAUUGGGUGGCCAUGAUUGACAGUAUGCUACAAUUAAAUGCGCUCAGAAGAAUUCACGAAACAGUUUCUCAGCCACAUUUUGUAAGAAAAAUUAUAAUUAACGUAAAUGAGCAUUUUGAUGAAAUGUAUGAAAUACAUGGAAUAAAAGUUACUCCUGCGAGGAUAUUUGAUGUUCAUGAUUAUACAAGGUGCGGUGGUAUAAUCAUGCAAAAUAUAAGAUUUCAUGAUUUACCAACUAUCUGUAAAAAUGUUGGAAUAAAAGCUUUAAAAUUUGUUCCUCACUUUUCUACAAACACCAUUGAUAAAGCGUCAGCACUCUCUACUUAUAUACAAAUAUCUGCUGAAUAUUUAAAUAAACACGAUUUAAAUGUUGUGGAAAUUAUUGAAAAUAAUGUCUCUGAUUUUGUUGAUACUAAUCAAAUCCUCUCCGAAAUUCCUGGAAUACAGGCGAAUUAUUCAGUAAUUACACUAGAUAGUCUUAAAUCAAGUAAUACUGCUUUAUUGAGUGAAGUUGAUUUGCUAUUAGUGUCAAAGCUGUCAAAUAAUGAUGAUUUGUGUCAAAUGCUACACCGAGUUCUUACAUGCAAUACUUUUAUAGUUAACUAUGAGAAGUAUAAAGCAGAAAUUUCGAGGGAUCGCCCAUCAUCCCUGUACCAAAGUAUUUGUGCACAUAGAAUAGGGUCAACUGUUCUAGAACUAGUGUUGUGGCGUCCCACUGAAUCAAAUGUUAGCACUAGUCCUAUAACAGUUUAUUCCGAAUCUGAUUUUGCUUUACUUACUUCAAGAAUAACUGCAACACAAUUAAAUCAAAAGCUUGUGAUAUUAACGUCAUAUCCUCCAUUAGCGUCUUUAAAAACAGCUGUAAAGAAAUGGAGAAAAGAGGAUAACCGCAAAAUUAAUCUAAUCAUGAUCAAUAAUGAGUUUUCCAGUACCCGGAAUCUGGAUAAAAUACCACUUACUGACUUAGCCGUUAAUAUUUUGCAUAACGACGUGUGGGGCGGAGAAUAUUACUUACCUGCAGAAGAAACUGUACGCGAAGAAGUUCUUGGAUUAGAACUUAAUAUUAGACAGUUAGGUGACCUAGACUCCUUGCAUUGGACAGAAAUGCCGGAGCCUAGAGGCGCGGGCAUAAAUGUAAAGAUUCAUUACGCUGGAGUAAAUGCUGUUGAAGUACAGAAAAAAAUGGGAGUUAUUUCAUGCGAUAAAGAAGACAUGCAACUUUUUGAUUUUAGUGGAACUACGGAUAGCGGAGCCCGUGUAAUGGGAAUUGCGAAUUAUGAAUCUAUAAGAACACAUGUAACCGUGAAACCGAAAUAUCUGUGGCCUGUGCCGGCACAUUGGACUAUGGAAGAUGCAGCUACAGUUCCAUUGGCAUACUGUCUCGCUUUAUAUUGCUUGUGUAUUAAGGCUAAGCUCAAGCCUGGAAUAACAAUUUUAGUACAUGGAGGUGCUGGGGCUCUUGGCCAGGCAGUUAUAUCGAUUGCUUUGGCAUAUGGCUGCCAAGUUUUCACUACUGUUAGCGAUAUCAAGAAAAAGAGAUUCCUGCGAAGACUCUUCCCAGAGCUCAAAGAAAGUCACAUUGGAAAUUCACGUGAUAUAAGUUUCGGAGAUAUGGUGUUUCACGCUACAAAGGGUGAAGGUUGUGAUUCAAUCAUAAGCUGUGUUAAAGGUGCCCUUAAAAAUACUACGAUUCAGUGUUGCGGACGGUCAGGUAUUGUAAUAGACACAACCUUAUUAUUGACUAAGGAAAAUUAUGACCUUGGCAUGAAACAUUUGGGAAAAGGAAUGUCUUACUUCACCAUAAACUUAUUGUCAAUGUUGGGACAGGAAGAAGACGAGGAUAUACAGAAGUUGCAAUUACUGCUCACCGAAGGUAUUGCCCGUGGAUACAUCCGGCCACUGUCUCGUGUGACGUAUUCCCCACAAGAUAUAACACGUGCAUACAGUCUUCAAGCUGGAAGCCGUCAUCGUGGACGUGUACUACUCGACUUACAAAAGGAUCUAUCUCAUGUUCAGACAAAAAUAGCUUGUUCUACUCAACUACGACAGUUGGUAAUAUCAGAGAACGAAUUGCUAGCAUUAAAAUUAGUUGACAGACUAGUGGACCGUGGGGCUAGAAAGAUAAUAUUAGUUUCUUCGACUGGAUCAUCAAAUUGUGUGUCCGAAAAAUUACGGACUUGGGCAAAACAAGGAGUACAAGUACAAGUGAUUCCUGGAAAUAUGUUUAGUCUAAAUAGCAUUAUUAAUUUAGCAGCUGAAGAUAAGUCGUUCGUAGGCAUUGAAGGAAUAUAUUACAUAAAUUCUGCAAAUUCAAAAAGUGAGAAUAAUUACGAGAUGUUGGAGCAGAUCAAACUAAUAUCGCAAAGAUGCUCAAAUUUAAAAUAUUUUUCUAUUAUUAACGAAGCAAAAGAUGAUUUUGAAAGAACAGUCUUAUCUAAAAUUGAUAAUCAAUUAUUAACCUGGAUUAAGCUGCCUGCUUUGAAAAUGGUACAUAAGAUGAAUGAAAAUGAAUUUGAUGAAGCUAUUACAGCAGUAAAUGCCAUUGAUGCCAUUGAAAAAGCAAUUUGUCUAAAAGAACGUGUUAUACUGAUACAUUCCUUAAAAAAAUCUGAACCUGUGUCCUUGGUACAUGAAUUAAGUUUAAAAGCAGGCAUAAAUAUAUCAGAUGAUAUAUCAAAAAAUACUAUUAUCGCAGAUUUGGAUAUAGAGCCUGCUAAGUUAGAAAUAUUUAGAUCUUAUUUGUAUAAUACGUGUCACGUAUUCUUAGACGAAAAUAGUUUAUCAGUCUUAUCUAUUAAAUCACUUCGUCAAUUGGAAGAUAAUAUUAUAGAAAAAGAGUAUAAAGAAACUAAAGGAUUCGACAUGUUCUGGUCAAACAUAGAUAAUGAUGAGCUACUUGCCACAACCGAAAUGGUGUUCUUACCGACACUGAUAAACAGUUCAUCGAUGUGUGAAGAUGAAUUUGAUGUAAAUCAAACGUACUUGUGCGUGGUACCCGGAGUAGAAGGUCUUCAUUCACGUUUCAAAAUUCUGUGUGAGCGCCUCAAGUUGGGUGCUCUCGUGUUGCAGCCAGGCCUUGUUAGACCUAACGAAACCAUUCAAGAAAUGGCUGACAGAUUUGCAAAGACCCUUCUCAAAAAGGCACAGUUGAAGAAUAAAUUUUACUUACUGGGUUAUGAAAGUGGUGUAAUGGUGGCAUUGGAAAUGGCGGCAAUUUUGGAAGAUCAAGGUAAAACAUCUUAUAUUUUGAGAACAUUUCUCAGCAAAAGUAUGCUUUUAAUUUUC